GUUCAAGACAAAUCGAUGGAUAACUUGAGGACUGUCCCACUUAAUGGUUUUUCACUUCCCAACAGGUACGAAUGGUUAGACCCAAGCAUCAAAAAGACAGAGUGGUCACGAGAAGAAGAAGAGAAGCUGUUGCACCUGGCCAAGCUAAUGCCAACCCAGUGGAGAACCAUCGCCCCCAUUAUUGGGAGAACAGCUGCACAGUGUUUGGAGCACUAUGAGUUUCUUCUGGACAAAGCUGCUCAGAGAGACAACGAGGAGGAAACUGCUGAUGAUCCUCGGAAACUUAAACCUGGAGAAAUUGAUCCAAAUCCAGAAACCAAACCAGCCAGGCCAGAUCCUAUUGAUAUGGAUGAAGAUGAACUUGAAAUGCUCUCUGAAGCUAGAGCUCGUCUGGCUAAUACACAAGGAAAAAAGGCUAAAAGAAAAGCAAGAGAGAAGCAGCUGGAAGAAGCUAGACGGCUUGCUGCCCUCCAGAAAAGACGAGAACUUCGAGCUGCUGGGAUUGAGAUACAGAAAAAAAGGAAAAAGAAAAGGGGUGUGGAUUACAAUGCAGAAAUCCCAUUUGAAAAGAAGCCUGCACCUGGUUUUUAUGAUACAUCAGAGGAAAACUACCAGAUUCUGGAUGCAGAUUUCAGAAAGCUACGUCAGCAGGACCUGGAUGGAGAAUUAAGAUCCGAAAGGGAGGGAAGAGAGCGCAAAAAGGACAAACAACACAUGAAACGGAAAAAAGAAUCAGACUUGCCUUCAGCUAUUCUGCAGACCAGCGGGGUGUCAGAGUUUACAAAAAAAAGAAGUAAACUAGUGCUUCCAGCACCUCAGAUAUCUGAUAUAGAACUUGAAGAAGUUGUUAAAGUAGGCCAGGCAAGUGAAAUUGCACGCCAGACUGCUGAGGAAUCUGGAAUUACAAACUCAGCCUCCAGCACUCUUCUGUCUGAAUAUAGUGUGACCAAUAACAGCAUAGCUCUGAGGACUCCCAAAACUCCGGCAGCACAAGACAGGAUCCUGCAGGUACAGUUUAAAUGCAUGGGUUACACUUUUGCAGUGGUCAGCUGAAAAAAAGGGAAAGUA